AAGGUCGUCUGGGACGCGUUACACAAAGACAAAGUCCACUUCCAUGUUUAUAUCACGUAUGUUUUGAGAUUUGAGAUCCCCGCAGUGUCGUUUGUCACUUUAGAGUCGGAUUUCGACCAGGACGCAACAUGGCUACCCCGUCCAUUCUGAGUCCGCUGACUGUGGCCAUCGAGGAUGGUCUGGCCAACCUACCGGACAAUCCCAUCACCUCCUCUUUUGGGGAGCUGUGGACGAGCAUGAAUAACAACUACUCCAAAUUUCAAAUCGCAACUUGGGGAUCUCUGAUAGUUCACGAGUUUGUUUAUUUCGCGGCCUGCCUUCCUGCAUUUCUUUUCCAAUUCGUGCCGUUCAUGAGAAGAUUCAAGAUACAAGAUGAUAAACCAGAAGAUAAACAAAUGAAAUGUUUCCGCGUGCUGAUGUUCAACCAUUUCUGCAUCCAAAUGCCUCUCAUCUUCGGCACUUACAUUUUCACCGAGUUCUUCGAGAUUCCCUAUGAUUGGGCGACUUUUCCUAGAUGGUACAUCCUCGCCGCACAGGUGUUCGGGUGUGCUGUGAUCGAGGACACCUGGCACUACUUCCUUCAUCAAGCCCUCCACGAUAAACGCAUCUACAAGUACAUUCACAAGGUUCACCAUCACUACCAGGUCCCCUUUGGUAUGGUAGCAGAGUACGCCCACCCAGCUGAAACAAUGAUUCUCGGCAUGGGUUUCUUCAUUGGAAUAAUGGUCUUCUGUAACCACAUGGUACUCCUGUGGGCCUGGGUUAUCGUGAGGCUGUUCGAGACCAUUGACGUCCACAGUGGAUACGACAUCCCCUAUCUCAACAUCUUCCAUCUUAUUCCAUUUUAUGGCGGUGCGAAAUUCCACGACUUUCAUCACAUGAACUUCAAUGGCAACUACUCCUCCACGUUCACCUGGUGGGACAAGAUAUUUGGCACUGAUGCCCAGUACAAGGAGUACCAAAAGAAGCAGGCGGAAAAGGCUCAGAAAGCCGAAUAAAUGUGAUUAUGGACAAUUAGCCCAUUGAAAUAGGCUCCGAUGUGGCGAGAUGAUGCUGCUUUGAAUGUACAAAUCUGACGACUGAAGGAAUGAACCCUUCACUGGCAGCGAUUUGGCCGUUUCUACGCAGUUCUGUUUUGGUCCGAGAUGUACACAGUAGCCUGCCAGAUCGCCAAUACAUGUACUUAUGUAAGGCCUUUUUUCAGUGAAAUGACAUUGGCCCAAAACUAUAACAUUUUAAUUGACAACGACUGUUCAUUGACAGUCUACAGCUGUGAUAGUUCUAUAGACUCCGAUUGAAAUACUGAAUACCAAUGUCUUGUGAUGUGAUGUCUUUUGCGUUGACUACAAAUACUGAAGGAGAAUAGAACACUUUGUGGUAUCAGUUUACUUGAUUAGCCUAUGUGUGUCUGUGAAUAAAUCUUUAUCAACAUUGGAA